GAUACAGUAAAUAUCGAUACGUCUCGCCCAACACUAAGGUUAUUUUGUGUUAGUUUGUGGCAUAGUGUAGACAUUUUUGUACAGGUUCUCAUAUACUAUUCAGUGAUUCAAAGGAGAAAAUUUUUUGCAAUAUGGCGAAUAGUAUAACUCAUAUGACAGAUAUCUCUGAGAAGGAAACCGAAUUUGGCCCUUCCUACAUUUCAAAUCCACAUUAUCCUAAGCAUCUACAAGAUAUAGUGAGAAGGCCAGUCUUUAAACGUAAGAUCACGGAUAUAAAUUCAAGUUCGUUGAAGCUUUGCCCAGUUUCGUGUAAAUGUAAAAAAUUUUGCUGGAUAAUACUUGGAGAUGGUUUGACACCCGUAGACAGGCAUGAUGAAGAUGAAUGCUUAUACCACAAAAUGAAGCUUUCAACCGUGGAGAACCAAAUAUAUAAUUGUAUCGAAUCAAGAUUACUCUCAGGACCCUUGGACACAUAUAAGAAAAAGUAUCAAGCAUCUGGGCGUCAACGACCGAUUUCCGAGACAACGUGUGAAUGUAAUAACCCUUUUCGGACUUGCUGGAUACUACAUAAUGAUGUUUUAACUCCCGUAGACCGACAUUACGUGGGUGAGUGCUGUUUCCACAAACUAGAUUUUUCAACAGUAGAGCAACAAAUAUUAAAUUGCGUUGGAAAUGGAUUUCUCAAAGAACCCUUAGAGAAAUGUAAGAAAUUGUAUAUAGAACCUUUGCGUAAAUUGUUGGAGCCAGAACCUAGGCCUCAACCUAGGAGGUUGGAACCAGAAGAACCGGUUUCCGAGGCCCAACUGGCUGAGACGUUGGAAAAACUAAGGUUGAGAGGAAUGGAAAUAAGGGAAAUAUGAUGAAUGAAUGAUUAACAGAGAGGCAAGAAAGACGUAAACGAAGCUGUAUUUAUAAUCCGAAGAAAUUAAAUUUAUUCAUGAUGAGGCAUUCACCUAAAAAUGAGGCUUUCUUGUUCUAUUCAUGUACAUAUUGGAUAUUGUUAUUUUUUAUAUAUUAAACCCACUUCCUAAAUCUUAUUUACUGAUUUGCAUUUGUAUUAUUCUCUUUUUUUUUUUCAAUAUUUUCUAAUGCUCUUAUAUGUGAUUAUAAUUCUGUAUGUGGAAAUGUUUGAUGUAGUUUGCUAAAUAUAAUUUUUUUGUUUGCUUA